CAGGAGGCACUUUCAGCUGCUCGUGGAGUCCCAGGCCAGGAGGUGCCAGGUUAGAGCUUGGACACUCAGACCCUCCGGUGCAGGCCUUGCCCGGACCAGCCCCUCCUCCACUCUCCUCUCCUCUGUGAGCUCCACCUGCCCCAGUUCUCCUGGCUUUAACCCCUCCUUGGCCAAGGCCGGGGUUGCCUGCGGGAGCCAGGUGUCCGCUCUCCACACCUUUCACAGCCCCAGCCCUCAGAGCAACCUCAGCCCAGCCCAGCUCCAGCUCCAGCUCCAGCUCCAGCUCCAGCUCCAGCCCGGGCCCCAUCAUGGCCAAGGACUUUCAAGAUAUCCAGCAGCUGAGCUCAGAGGAAAAUGACCAUCCCUUCCAUCGAGGGCCACCUCCUGCCCAGCCCCUGGCACAGCGUCUCUGCUCCACAGUCCGCUUCAGUCUGCUUGCCCUGAGCUUCAACAUCCUGCUGCUGGUGGUCAUCUGUGUGAUUGGGUACCAAAGUGCACGGCUGGAAGCCGAGCUGCGGAGCCUGAAGGAAGCUUUCAGCAACUUCUCCUCGAGCACGCUGACGGAGGUCCAUGCUCUUGGCACCCACGGAGGCAGCGUGGGUGACAAGAUCACAUCCCUAGGAACCAAGCUGGAGAAACAGCAGCAGGACCUGAAAGCAGAUCACGACACCCUGCUUCUCCAUCUGAAGCAUUUCCCCAUGGACCUGCGCUUCGUGGCCUGCCAGAUGGAGCUCCUCCACAGCAAUGGCUCCCAAAGGACCUGCUGCCCUGUCAACUGGGUGGAGCACCAAGGCAGCUGCUACUGGUUCUCUCGCUUCGGGAAGGCCUGGGCCGAGGCGGAGAAGUACUGCCAGCUGGAGAAUGCGCACCUGGUGGUCAUCAACUCCUGGGAGGAGCAGAAAUUCGUUGUACAACACACGAACCCCUUCAAUACCUGGAUAGGUCUCACGGACAGCGAUGGCUCCUGGAAAUGGGUAGAUGGCACAGACUAUAGGCACAACUACAAGAACUGGGCUGUCACUCAGCCAGAUAACUGGCACGGGCACGAGCUGGGUGGAAGUGAAGACUGUGUUGAAGUCCAGCCGGAUGGCCGCUGGAACGAUGACUUCUGCCUGCAGGUGUACCGCUGGGUGUGUGAGAAGAGGCAGAAUGCCACCGGCGAGGCGGCCUGACCCCAGCACGCCUCCGGCUAACCCAUACCCCACACCUGCCCGGCUCUGGCUUCUCUGUUGAGGAUUUUGAGGAAAGGAAGAAACACUGAUUCAGGGGUAUGGGGAAGAGCUGAGCAAAGAGAGAAAGGAGGUAGUUUAAGAGUCCCUGCCCCUGGAGGGCUGAGAUCCCACCUCCUUCUGUAAUUCAUUGUAAUUAUUAUAAUGGUCAGCCUCUUCAAUGGAGUAGGAAAGAAGAAACAAAUGCUUGAA